AUGGAUUGCAAAUCGCUAUUGUUUUGCUUAGCGGUAUUUCUAGCGGUACUUUUCACAGACUGUGAAGGAAGGACAAAGAAAGUCGUUAUCCACGUCCCCUAUAAAGUUAAGAAGAUCAAACACGUUCACACAGUUUAUAAAACGAUCCAUCAUCAUCACACACAUCAUGAUCAUGAACAUGGUCUGGUGCCUGACGAUCACGAGCACUUUCACCACAUGCAUCUUUUGGAGGAGCCGUCACCCACCCAUGUGCAGGCGAUUCCUGAAUUCCUUCCAGAUGGUCCCUUAGAUUUGCCGCUCGAUAUAUCAGAAAUGCCACGUGACAUACCUCUGAAAUCCAUUCGUCAUGGGAUACCGUUAUACAGGCAAAAAUAAAUACAGUUUUUCUCUUAAAACUUGUUUAUAGAUUUGACUUUGAAAACAAGAAGUCUG